AAGGUCAGUGUGACUCUGAUGUUAGAAAAAAAUUCAAGUUGACAACUUUGGUUAAGAAACAAAAACAAUCCUCAAAAGAAAAGAAACAUUCCUCUGCAGGGUCUGGAAAAAGAAAAACAAUUCCACACGACGUGUCCGUCUACAUGAGAACUAAGUCUGAUGAAAAACCUCAUGUCUCUAAAGAAUGUGACGUAAGUUUUAAUCAAACAGUCCAUCUCAAAACACACAUGCAAACUCAUACAGGAGAAAAGCUUUUUUCUUGUAAAGAAUGUGACAGAAGGUUUAGAUAUAUGUCUCAUCUCAAAGAACACAUACAAACUCAUACAGGAGAGAAGCCUUUUAUGUGUAAAGAAUGUGACAGAAGGUUUAGUCGUAUGUCUUAUCUCAAAGUACACAUACGAACUCAUACAGGAGAGAAACCUUUUAUGUGUAAAGAAUGUGAUAAAAGUUUUGGUCAGAAAUCUCAUCUUAAAAAACACAUGAGAACUCAUACAGGAGAAAAGCUUUUUUCUUGUAAAGAAUGUGACAGAAAGUUUAGUCGUAUGUCUUAUCUCAAAGAACACAUACGAAGUCAUACAGGAGAGAAGCCUUUUAUGUGUACAGAAUGUGAUAAAAGUUUUAGUCAAAUAUCUAAUCUCCAAAGACACAUGAGAACUCAUACAGGAGAGAAGCCGUUUAUGUGUAAAGAAUGUGAUUCAAGUUUUGGUCAGAAAUCAAGUCUCAAAACACACAUUAGAACUCAUACAGGAGAGAAGCCUUUUAUGUGUAAAGAAUGUGACAAACAUUUUAUUCAACCAUCCCAUCUCAAAAGACACAUGAGAGCUCAUACAGGAGAAAAGCUUUUUUCUUGUAAAGAAUGUGAUAAAAGUUUUAAUCAAAAAUGUAAUCUUAAAUCACACAUGAGAAUCCAUACAGGAGAGAAGCCUUUUAUGUGUGAACAAUGUGAUUCAAGUUUUGGUCAGAAAUCAAGUCUCAAAACACAUAUGACAGCUCAUACAGGAGAGAAGCCUUUUUGGUGUAAAUAAUGUGAUAAAAGUUUUAUCACAUUAUCUUAUCUUAAAUCGCACAAGAGAACUCAUACAAGAGAGAAGCCUUUUUUGUGUAAACAUUGUGAUUCAAGCUUUAGUCAGAAAUCAAGUCUCAAAAGACACAUGAGAAUUCAUAAAGCAGGGCCUAUUUGAAAACAAGGGAAACUCACAACAGAGAACUCGGAAUGAAAAAACAAUAAUGGUUUCAGUUUUGUGAAAAACAUGUUUUCCUUAUUUUAAUGGCCAUGUAAAACGAACUUUUAAAAAGUGUAUUAUAAUGUUCAUUCGUCAAUAUUUUGGCUGUAAAACAACGAGAGAGAGACAGAAAGCAGCUCCUCUUAGCAGAAACACGGGGUAAUAUCUUUAGGUGAUUGACUUAUUACCCAUGAUGACAAAAACAAAAAAAAGCUCUAGCAGAAACGCCUGUCGACUGUAGUGGAAAAAUGCGCGUCUGGUGUGAACCACAGAGCGAACGCUGGUUUAAUUAUUGUGUAUAUUAUGUAUAAUAAUUACUUGAAAUAUUUAGAUGUUCCCCACAGUUAGUUUCAAUACUACAAUUAAUACAAAACAAUAAUGUCAAUAAUAUGAAGUGUUUUUAAAGAGGAAGAUGAGACAGCAGAGCCAACAAUGAAGAUGAGCUGAAGUCAGCUAUCAAAGCAACCUGAGCUUUCAUUCCAUGUACACAGAGCCACAGGCUGAUGGCCUCCAUACCACAUUGAUGCAGUCAUUCAAUGAAAAGGAGGAACAAGUGAUUAUUGAAUGCAGAGAAAAAACAGUUUUCUGAAAUCUGACAUGUGCUGAAAACAUCCUUUAUGAUUCUUCUGAUUGAAUAUUCUCAUUUUCUAAAACUAUUUUGUAGGUUUUCAUCAUUUAUAAGCCACUAUGAUCACAUUGAUCAAAAUAAAGAAAUGUAUAAAUAAUUCUAAACAUCAUGAGUUUCAUUGUUGUGUUGAUUAACAAAAAUAUUUAACUUGAUCAUGAAAUUUCUUUUCUUACAUAUACUUGGAGUUGAAAUGUUUUGUUCUGAAUUAUGACAUUAAGGUUUGAUUUUUAUAAUUUUGUUAAUAAUGCUCAAUUUUUGUUGGUUGAUUUUUAUUAAUAGUUUUUUGUACCUUUAUUAUAUUGCUUUAAGUUAACCAUUGUGGUUGUAGUUUAUUCUGAGAUAAUGUUGUCUGUGUGUUUGUGUUACCAUGACAACACUAGAAGUCUUUUCUUCAUUUUUUUAUCUGAUAGGUAAACAUUUCAUUUUAUUGUUUUAGACUAAAACUGACUUCAGUUCAGACUUUGUUGAGUCAUGUGAGCAAGUUACCAUUUUGUGGAAAAAAAAAGCUAAAAUAAAGAGUCAGAUAAAGAGUGCGACUGAUGUUUGUGUUGUUGUGAUUCCUGUUUUGUAUCAGAGAUUAGAAGUGUUUCUCUGUUCUUUUUAGUCGUCAGUGUUCUGUUCCAAUCUUUCCUGUGAAGAAUAAAGUGGACGUGAACAUCAGUCAGAAGUGUGGAGUCUUUCCCACAGUGUGGCUUUCUGCUGUUUGUUGGUUCUCUGCAGGUUCCAAAGCUGGACUCCUCAAGUCCAGUUCUGACUGCUGAACUCAGGACUGAGCUCAGAUCACAGAGCUCCAUCCAAUCAUGUGAUUGUUUCAUCAGUCAGAUUGACUCUUUGAUGUCUUUCUUCAAUCUGCCUGUUUCAGCUCUGAAACAUCUCCAACUCAUAUCCAACCAAAAACUAACUUCACUGCGCUGAAGUUAGUUUUAG